AUCCGGAUGCCGUGACCGGCUCUCGCAAGUAAUAUCAAUUCUGUCUUCUCUUUUCUCUCUUCUCUCAAUCCAUCUGUCAUACAAAUUCGAACAAGUCGUGUCUCCGCAGUUCUUCAUACGGAAUCUUGCCUCCAUCACUAUCGAGAAACCGAACAAAGGAAACACCAGAACAACAAAUUCACGCCACAAUGCCCCGCUCAUACUCAUCUGACCACGACGCGGAGUCGGGUUAUGCCAGUGGAAGCUCGAGUGCCAGCCUUCCUGAGGUCUACUUCUCUCGCCCACACCUCAAGUUCAUCAACCAGCAACUCCAAAACCUUGAACCUCAAGAUAUCCUUAAGUGGUGCAUCAUGACUCUGCCCCGUCUGUUCCAGACUACUGCCUUUGGACUCACUGGACUUGCCAUCAACGACAUGGUAUCGAAACUUGACAGCCCUAUCAAGCCCAACAUCGAUCUGAUCUAUUUGGACACCCUUCACGCAUUCCAGGAGACCUAUGAACUCGUCCAGGCAGUCAAGGACAGAUAUCCUAGCCUCACUAUUCACACCUACAAGCCCGAAGGUUGCGAGAACGUCGAGGAUUUCAACCGCAAGCACGGCGAGAAGCUAUGGGAGACCAACGAAGAACUUUAUGAUUAUGUUGCUAAGGUCGAGCCUGCUCAGCGCUCGUACGCUGAGCUGGGUGUUGCUGCUGUCAUCACUGGGCGUCGCCGUAGUCAAGGCGGCAAACGAGGAGAUCUCGACAUCGUUGAGCUUGAUGAUGCGGGCAUGAUCAAGAUCAACCCUCUUGCGAACUGGUCCUUCCAGCAAGUCAACGACUACAUCAAGGAGAACAACGUUCCCGUCAACGCCUUGAUGUCUAAGGGUUACCGUUCGAUCGGUGACUGGCACUCUACUCAGCCUGUCAAGGAAGGCGAGGACGAGAGAGCUGGUCGCUGGAAGGGUCGCAGCAAGACUGAGUGUGGCAUUCACAACAAGAAGAGCCGCUACGCCAUGUUCUUGCAAGAGCAGGAACAGAAGCGUCAGGAAGAGCUCAGCCAGGCCAUUCAGUCAGGCCUCAACAUUGAGCAAGUGGUCUAGAGGUUCCUCCUUGUUCUCGUUCUUUUUUAUCUUUUGCGAAUUUAGCAUAGGCGUUGGUCGGAUCAUGAUGGGGCAUAUCGGAGUUUUAUAGUUAAGCGGCAUCUGGUGGGAUACUCAAUACCUCAGCAUUGGAAGGUGGAUACACGAUGACCCACGUCUUUCAUAGUAACGAAACUACAAAACGUGCAAAGGCACUAGGUAGCAUUCACAGAAAAGUCCCAAAUUUUAAUAACAUGACAACG